AUGGAGCCAACAAGAACUCCUAUCAGGUCAAUACAUCCUACCAAGCCUAUCAAGAGACCAAAACUGAAGCCAUUAUGGAGACAUCACAUUCUUUAUUUUUUGCAGUAUUUCCGGGAAGCCCCUAAAAGUGAAUUUUUGCCUAUACAAAAACAAGAUUUUUGGAGCGUAUCUUUUGAUUGGAGCAUUAAGUUAAACAACACUUAA